GUCUCGGACCUGGCCCCGGAGGACCUCUGCGCGGGCACCCGGGUCGCCGCGGACCUCUGGGACGACCGGCUGGGCCUCGUCCAGCAGGGCCUCCUGGCCACCGCCCGUGCGCUGCGCGUGCGCGCGGAGGAGGCCGAGCCGGCCACGGGGGGCGGCGAGGGCGGCGUGCCGAUCUGCUCGGGCAGGCACUGGGAGGUGGGCGAGCUCUGCACCUGCGAGGCGGACCUGGUGGGCCGCACCUCCGCGAUGCUGCUGGACAUGCUGGGCGAGGCGCGGGUGCCCUGCGACCUGGCGCUCGUCCGCAGCCCCGAGCAGCUCGCGGCGAGGGACCCGGACCUGCCGCGCAUCCGCCCCGGCCUGUACGUCGGCGACUACGGGCACACCAUUUCGGGCGCCCCCUGGCGCGUUCCGCGCGCCAGGGCGGGGGGCGAUGUUUUGGGUCAGGGCCACCCCUGGCAACACCCGACCAUGUACGGCCAGUUCCGCACCGAGGUCCUGCCCUUCCCCUCGCGAUGCGAUGUUUUGCUGCGACUGGCAAGGCAUUUUUGCCUCGCCAUGCUCGCUUGUCUGUGUCUCGCGCGUGUGGCAUAG